AUGAACAUCCUCGCGCUGGGCUCACAGGACCCGAUGCUAUCUGGCAUCUGCCACACUUCGCUCGACGAGGACCAUAAUAUGGCCAACAACUUCUUCCCGGACCUUCGCGACGAACCGUUCACUCCAACAGAUCCACUCUUCGUCAGCUUCGGCAGUGUGGCGACCAAUGCUACACUAGACUCCCAGCCAUGGUCAUGCGGGCCUUCAGACGUAGACUCAGGUGACAUGGCGACCGCAUGGCCAGACCACAACCUGUUCGAGACUCAGCCAUUGUUUCGUGGCGCGCAGGAUAUGUUCGGUUCGCCGACGCCGUAUUACGAGCGUGCAGUAUCCCCAGGUCCUAUCGUGCGGAUCCAGCCAGAGGACAUUCCGGCUGAGGUCGCAGAACUGGCCGCACACAUCAACGCUCUGCCGAAGAUGCGUGGUGGCGACAUUGGUGCGAAUGAGUUCCCGUACCGUCAAACCCUAAAGACUGCUCCUCUUCUACGUGGUCAGGUCUCGAAGAAGACUGGCUGUCUGUUUAUUGAGCAACGAGGCGGAAAGCUACGUAAGUGGCUAUUCGACGAACGUCUGUUUACCAGGGAGUUAUGGUUGUAUCUCACGGACCCUGACUACAUGAGGGUCAGGGGAGGAGUCGGACGUGGGCGCAAGAGAAAGACUUCGGCGGACGGUGAAUUCGACUUCAUUGCCGUUGUGCCCCCUUCUCCGAGUUCGACGCCGUCUACCACGCCCAGUAAAAAGAAACGCCGUGGCUCCACAGCGAUCAAGAGUAUCAAAGACACAAGCGUCGAAGGCGAAAGCCAGGACACAGCUAACAACACCCAUGUCCUCGCUCCGUGCGAUGCCACUGAGUCCCCAAGCACGAAAUACAGCGCCACGGUCUCCAUCAACGAAGACGACCAGGCAUUCACUGCAGACGGCUCAAUCACAGAAGAUCUGUCGUCAGCUUUAGCCAACAAAUCCACUACGGAAUGUGCUAUUGAGAUGUCGCCGAGCAGCUUCGACCCGACCGAUCUCAUGAGCAUGCUCACCGAGGAUCUCGAGGACGUCUAG